AUGGAUGACCAAAAGGUCGACACUCUUCAUGUUGAGCAACUCUCGUCAAAUUCCCUUGACAAAAAUUCGGAAAUUUACGAAGAUCUCGAUUCGAUCGAGAAGACGCAAUCUGGAAAAUAUGCUUGGCUCGUCGCUAUCACGGCAGGCGUUGGUGGCCUCCUCUUUGGUUAUGACACUGGCAUUAUAUCAGCAGUCCUGGUCUACCUCAACGAUGAUCUAGGCAAAGUCCUAAAUGCCAGCGAAAAGGAACUCAUCACCUCAAUUACCUCUGGCGGAGCUUUCAUUGGCGCUGUCGCUGCUGGUCUGACCGCUGAUCGGUUUGGGCGCAAAGGAGCCAUUUACAUGGGCUGCUUCCUCUUCAUCAUCGGUGCUAUCCUGCAAGCUUCGGCUUACUCCCUCGCCCAAAUGACCGUUGGACGUCUCGUUGUAGGCUUCGGUGUUGGAUCAGCCGCUAUGAUCGUCCCACUGUAUAUCGCAGAAGUCGCCCCGGCAAAAUAUCGCGGACGAAUGAUCGGGCUCGACAACAUGAGUAUCACUGGUGGGCAACUCAUUUCGUACGGCAUUGGAGCAGCUCUGGCAAAAGUUCCUCAUGGAUGGAGAGCUAUGGUUGCUUUAGGAGCAGUACCAGCUCUCAUCCUCUGUUGCUUGUUGCCUUUCUGCCCAGAAUCGCCCCGUCAACUCAUCUAUCAUGACAAGCACGACGAAGCUGCCGUUGUUAUCCAGAAGAUCUUCCCCCAAGGAACCCAAGAGCAAGUCCGGCAGAAGGUUCAACACAUUGCGGGCCAUGUUGCUGAAGCGAAGGCUUUGAAGGAAGGAAAAGGUGACUUGUGGCUGCUCAAGCAGCUGUAUGUUGUCCCUGGCAAUCUAAGAGCUCUCAUCGCAGCUUGUGGUCUCAUGGCUAUCAGUCAGCUGGGUGGAUUCAAUUCCUUGAUGUAUUACUCUUCGACAUUGUUCGCCCUCGUUGGCUUUGCGAAUCCAGUCGCUGUUGGAACCAUCAUCGCAGCCACCAACUUCUUCUUCACUUGGGUCAAUCUCAUGGUCGUUGAUCGAUUCGGUCGCCGUCGUAUCUUACUUUCCACUAUGUGGGGUAUGGCUUUGUUCCUUGCACUUGCGGCAGUUGCUUUCCAUUGGAUCCCAAUCAACCACGAUCUCACUCUUAAGACAACCAAGAUUGGAUGGCCUGCAUACGUUGUGCUGGCUUGCAUGAUCAUCUACGUCGGGUUCUACUCAUCGGGCAUGGGAAACACCGCUUGGCUCAGCUCCGAAUUCUUCCCCAUGGAAGUUCGUGCUUAUGGUACCAUGAUGUUGACAUGCUCAUGUUGGGGCUCAAACAUUAUCGUCGCGUCCACCUUCCUCACACAAAUGGAAAACACAACUCCGUCAGGAGCCUUUGGAUUCUAUGCCGCUAUCUGCUUCUUCGGCUGGAUUGCAGUCUACUUCUGCUACCCCGAAGUUAAGGGCAUGACUUUGGAGGAUAUCCGUGAGAUCUUCAAGCAUGGAUUUGGUGUCAAGUAUGCGAGGCAGUUGCAGAAGGAGGCUAAGCUGAAGCGAAAGAUGGAGAAUACGAGUGCAUGA